CUUGACAUCACGGAUUAUACGCACUUUUGUUUCCCUGUUGACCUUUUAUGUAGUAUGACAGAGAUAUAGUCGGCAUACUCUUCGGUUUGUUUUAAGAUCUCGCGCUUCUUUAUGUUGGUGUUUUUUUCUUCAUUUUUAAAUGGUACACGAAGAGUUGAGUGCUCGUCUGAACGAUGGCGGGUAUAAGAACUGGCUCAAAGCGGGGUACUGCCUCCUCAAACUGCGGGAGGGGUUGCACUCUUUCACCGAUACUGAAAUGAGAUCGUUCCAUGGAAAUCUAGUCACUAGGAACCCAGGUCUGCGGCGGCCGUGUCAGAGCGGGUGUAGACCCAAAGGGAAUCAGGUGAGAGUCAGAAGUUGUCUUCUGGCACAAUGUCAGUUUGAGUUUACCCCUCCCAAAAUAACCUAAAUCAUUAUAAGAGGAAAAGGUUUAGGGGCUAGUUAGAUCCAGUGUCAAUUUACUCCAGUAGUAGCCUGGACUUCAUGGGUGUAUUCAUUAGUUCAAACAGUUGCAAAACGGAAAACAAAUUCAGGUAGGUCCCUCCCGUUUCGUAACGUUUGCAUCCGUAAGAAACGUUUUGUAAAAUAAUCGGCGUAAUGAAUACGUCCCUGGCUCUCGCGUCUUCUUUUCUGAUAUAAUGGCGUUCGCACUAAUUUAAUGUGCAUGCGGUCACCAACUGUAGUGGUAAUGAACUGAGGAAAAUUUUAAAAACAUUGCGCAAAGGUAAAAUAAAAACAACAUCAUACAAAAUAAAAUAAAUAAAAAUGUAUAAAUCAAGAAACCGAUCCCACUCCUUCAGUCAUAGUCCAAUCCAAUUCACACCCCUACACAGGCUUAGGGGCCUGGGAGGGGAUAAAGUUCAAUCAGUAUUCCCUGCAAUAUUUCAGCUGUUAAUUCCUGAAUACCACAAAACCUUGCAGCCGCAGAUACAAUUAUGUCCAGUUUCUUGACUUCUUGCUCAUUUGGGCAGUACAAUUAAUCACUAUAAUAAAUGCCACAAUCCACCUAAUCCACUAUAUAUGUGUCUGUAUCCUUCAACUGAUGAACAACAUUCUGAAUCUCAACUGGCUGCUGGGCAUCCACUGCCAUGGCUUCCUCAGCUCCACUCACUCCUUCAACAAUUUCCUGCACCUCCGUGUAGGAGACCUGCUGUACAGCCCAGAUCCGUGCUACUUCAAACUCCUUCACCCUAGCAAGGCACUCCAGGAAUUCGGCAACGUGAUUUCCACCACAAUUGCAAUACCGUAAGGUGGGCUCCCGAGUGGCGCAGUGGUCUCAGCGGUCUAAGGCACUGCAUCUCAGUGCUUGAGGCGUCACUACAGACCCCCUUGUUCGAUUCCAGGCUGUAUCACAACCGGCCGUGAUUGGGAGUCCCGUAGGGCGGCGCACAAUUGGCCCAGCGUCGUCCGGGUUUGGCCGGUGUAGGCUGUCAUUGUAAAUAAGAAAUUGUUCUUAACUGACUUGCCUAGUUAAAUAAAGGUAAAAUAAAGCUGUAGAUCAUCACCAAUAUAUUGCUUCUGUUGGCACACACUUGAUACAUGACCAUACCUUUUGCAAUUUCGACACUGCAAAGAUUUAUUCCCAAACACACUCAGUGCGUAUCUUAUGUAUACCAGCUUCCCAUGAAUAGGCAGAUACUGUUCUUCAAACAUCAGUAACACCGAUUGACUUUCCAUCUACUACACGUUUAGGUGACAUGCUCUACCACUCCUGGAAUCUGCUUUGCCAUCAACCAGCACUUCCGCCAUCUCCAGCACUUCCAAGACACUUUCCCACCCCCUAUUAUCCGGCACGUGUGUUGAGUCAGAUUUUCUAUUAUAUUGACAAGAUAGUCGAGUGACUGCUCUAACAAUGAAAGUCGUUGUCCCAAAGGUGGGAAGGCAGGCGGUCUUAUCAGUCUGUUUAUCGUGGACAGAUUUUGACGGGAGUAAACCCUCUCACUUCGCCGCUUCCUCUCUGGUCGAGUCAACAAGACGAGAUUUGGAUUCAUGGUCACGCGAGAUUGAAUGAUGCUUUCUCGUGUGUGUUCCACAGCUGUACUCUGUGUGUGUGGUGUGUGCAGAGUGGAGGACAGCGAUCCUGAGGCACCACACAAACCCCAGCGGGACGGUGAACUGGGGGAACUGCAGUCCCCCACUCUGGAACCAGGACCACUGGGAACUGGCAAAGGUAGUGUGUGUGUGCGAACUAAAACAUUACUGAUUUUAUUGGGUCUGUUAUUGAAAUUGUACUCGCCUUACUUUCAUCUGUUAAUUUAGAUAAUUGACUACUUCUCUCCCCCUCUCCUAUCUUCCUUUGUCUCCCACAGGCCUACAUGCCGCGGGGUCAGGCUGGGGUUAAGGGGGCGGAGCUGUGUGAUGCGUCCGCACUGCUCAACCUCCUCAACUACUGCUCCCACUUCAACUACGUAGACCAGCGCUGUGUCAGAGAGGUAACACAAACACACAUGCACACAGUAUAAACACACGUCACCUGUGUUUGUGUGUGUGUGUUAUGAAUGUGUAUGCGUCUCGUCUAAGGUUAUCAGGUGUAGGAACGAGCUGAUGCACUCCUGUGAGAUGCGAGUAUGUGACCAGUGGAUGAGGCACUACCAGGCCAGCAUACAGCAGCUCUUACGGCAAUUCACACACCUACCAGAAGUGGCAGCAGCCGGACAACAGAUACUAGAGGUGCGUGGGUUUAUAUCAGCUCUCAGAUCUGUGUGUUGUUUCACCUUUGAUCUAUGGAGCUGAAAUGCUAUGUGUGUAUUUAUUUGUGUCCAGAUGCUGGCUGUUGAUUUGUCGGUGUUAGUUCCUGGUGUGGACCGAGUGGACGGGUCCUUGUGGGAGGGGGUGGAGCCUGAGUCUAUCAGCCAAUGGGAAACAGACUUGCUGAGAGAGAGGCUGCAAGAGCUGCUUACUGACACAGACACACAGGUAUUUCUAACCACACUUCUAACCAUUAGUUGUCUGACUGAUUGACUCUGUCUGUCUGACUACUGUGUGACUGACUGUCUGCUGUAUUCUGUAGGACACUGAGGAGUUGCUGAGACUGAGGGAUUUCCUCCUGGCCAAUAGAGACUUGAGUGACCAGUUCUCCUCUGAACUCCAGACCAUCACAUCAAUGGAGACUCAGAGGAGGAGAAGAGGAGAAGGGGAGGAGGAGCGAGAGAAGGGGGAGGUGGGAGGGAAAGGGGGGAAUGAAAAGGAGACACCUGAGUAA